GGGCGCCGCGGCCGCGCCGCAGGGGCGGGGAGGUGAAGCCGGUGCCGCGCCGGGCGCGGGUGGGUGGCGGCAACGACGGCAGCAGCAGCUCGGGCGCCUGGCGGGGCCGGGCAGGGGACGGCGCGUCCCUGUGCGUCCCCGCACACGCCCCGGGAGCCGGCGCGCAGGCGGGGCAGUGGCCGCCGCUAGUGCAAGAAGUGGAUAAACUACAAUUUCAAUAUUGUCAUCUUAUUCAAAAUUAUUUUUAGGACUGGAGACUGAAUAUUCUCCUUCUGGAGUCAUCUUAUAUCAGAAUUGUCCAAGGCUUUGUAAAACAGUUGUCCAAUAGGUGAACAUGGAGACACAGCUAGACCCCAUGAAGGAUGAUUUGCCUUUAAUGGCAAACACUAGCUACAUGCUUGUAAAGCACUAUGUAUUGGACUUGGAUGUGGAUUUUAAAAGUAAAGUUAUUGAAGGCAGCAUAGUUUUGUUCUUUGAGACCGGGAGCCAGUACAGGAAAACCAGCAGUGCUGGCAAAGAAUGCUGCCAGUCACAGUUUGAUGAAACCUGUAAAAUGAGGGCAUCUGAACCCUGCCACACUCCUAUGAUAAAUGUUAGUACCUGUUCAUCUAAAAUGGAAUAUAAUGAUUUUGCUGUCAGUGGUAAAGAAGAGGAAGCUGCUUCUGAUGAAAAUAGUAACCAUAGCAACAAUGAACAGGCUUCUGGGAUUUCUAGUUCAAAGGACUGUUGUGACAUAGAGGAUCAUGGAAACAAGGAUUUUCUGCUGGUAUUGGAUUGCUGUGAUUUAUCUGUGCUAAAGGUUGAAGAGGUAGAUGUUGCUGCUGUGUCAGGCAUUGAAAAAUUUACAAGGUCUGCCAAGCUAACUGGUGUUUCAAAGCUGGAAAAUCUCAGGAAUCAGAUUGUACAUGAACUUGUGACUUUACCUGCAGAUCGCUGGAAGGAGCAGCUAUACUAUUUUACUCACUGUAGCCAGGCACCUGGCUGUGGGGAGCUUCUGUUUAGUACUGGCACCUGGAGUUUGGAGAUAAGGAAAUCAGGAAUUCAGACUCCAGCAGACUUUCCUCAUGCAAUAAGAAUAUGGUACAAAACCAAGCCAGAGGGAAGAUCUGUUACAUGGACUACAGACCAAAGUGGCAGGCCAUGUGUUUACACAAUGGGAUCACCAAUAAACAACAGAGCCCUCUUUCCAUGCCAAGAACCACCAAUUGCCUUGUCAACAUGGCAAGCCUCAGUUCGAGCAGCUGCAGGCUUUGUUGUGUUAAUGAGUGGUGAAAACUCAGCUGAACCAGUCCAGCUUCGAGAAGGUAUCUUGAACUGGUACUACUAUGUGUCUAUGCCAAUGCCAGCAUCCACCUUCACUAUUGCUGUGGGGUGCUGGCAGGAAGUUAAACAGCAGUCCUUCAAACAAAAAGCUGCUAUUGGAACAAAUACUGAGUUUUCCUUGCCAUCAUCACAAACUGAUUUAAGGUGGCAUGAAGAAAUCUGUGGUCAUAUGGAAUAUCCCUGCCGUUUCCAAAAUCCCGCUGCCAGGUUGCAAGCAGUCAUUCCUUAUAGAGUCUUUGCUCCCAGGUGCCUUUUGGAAAGCUGUGAAGAAUAUUUGCUUCAGCUAGUGCCUCAGUGCCUCUCAGCUGCUUACGCCACACUGGGUACCCACCCCUUUUCCAGGCUUGAUGUUCUGAUAGUUCCUUCCAACUUUUCCAGCCUGGGAAUGGCUAGCCCACACAUCAUCUUUCUGUCACAAAGUGUACUGCCAGGAGGGAGCCAUCUCUGUGGAACUCGUCUGUGCCACGAAAUUGCUCAUGCUUGGUUUGGACUGGCCAUUGGUGCUCGUGAUUGGACAGAAGAAUGGAUAAGUGAAGGGUUUGCCACUUUUUUAGAAGAUUUAUUUUGGGCUAGGGCACAACAGCAGCUGUCACAUGAUGAAAUAAAAGGGCAACAGGAAUUGAAAGCUUUACUUCGCUGGCGCAGACUCAGAGAUGAGGUGCAAAACUCUGAAGAAGAGCUGCAAGUUUUAAGGCCCAAAAAGGAGAGUACAGGGGAAGUGAGUGAGUCUGGAGCCUCUGUUGUCAAAUAUGGUCUUAAAGCAGAAAAAAUCUUCAUGCAGGUUCACUAUUUGAAGGGCUAUUUUCUUUUACGAUCUCUGGCAAGGAAAAUAGGAGAGGUCUCGUACCUUGCAUCUUUACGGAAAUUUGUCGUCAAGUUCCAUGGGCAGCUUGUCCUUUCUCAGGAUUUUCUUAGCAUGCUGUUGGAAGACAUUCCUAAACAAAAACAGUCUGGGUUAACUGUAGAAAGUAUCUUCCAGAACUGGCUGGAUACUUCUGGAAUACCAAAGCCCCUGCUGGAGGAGGGAGAGACGUGGAAGGAAUGUCAGCUCGUCCAGCAAGUGACCGGCGAGGUCACAAAAUGGAUUCAGACAAACCGGAGGAUCAGAAAAAGCAGCAAAAAGAAAAUGAAGCAGGAUGAAGUUGUUUUCCAGCAGGCAGAAGAAAAUGAUCUUCUAGUCAGACUAGUGGAAUUGUGGCGUCCCAUCUGUAUCUACUGGGGAGAAACAUCUUUUCGUCAGAAGACUAAUUCACUUUUACAUGACUUCAGUGUCAAAACAUAAAAGCUGAUUUAAUCAUAUUUCAGUAGUAUAAAAAGUGUCAUCAGAUGAGAUAACAAGGAUACACAGGAUUUAGGAAAAACACUGAAAUAAGCAUGCAUAUAUAUUCACACUAGAUAAGGAAUGUGUUUCCUGAGUAUGAUCAAAAUUGCAUUUAACUGUUUCAGUUUGUUUCAGUUUUGAUUGUAUACUGAAACUUCGGGGAGUGAUUCAACUUUUCUAGAAUAAUUUCUGCUGCUUUCUCAGAAGUACUGUUUUCUUGUGUUUAAAGUUUGUCUGCUAGUUUUACUAGCAAUGUGACUUCAACUUUUUUUCCUAUUGGUUGUUGCUAUUGAUCCUUUGUGUCACUCCGGAGACUUAAGAGUUGUCAAUAUUUAAGCUCUCUUAAUAACCUGAGCAUAAAUUACUUUGUUGAUAUUGAUUUUAAGAUUUAAUAAAAAAAAAAAUCCCAAACCAGUUAUGAUAUAUAUGACUAAUGCUAAAUGCUGUCUUUGCCCUUUAAUAAUGAAUUCACCAGCAUAAGUGAACCACAAGAAACAAAUCUUGCAAUUCUCUAAAAUGAGUUGUCUUGUUAUACUUCAAGUAGAAAAUAUUUUGAAGUCUCAUAAGAAAUACUGAUAAAAAAUACCAUGUGGUAUAAGAAAGCUCUUAGUUAACUAGAAAACUUACUCAGGAUUGUGUGCUUCUGCUAAUUCAGAUAAUGCAUAAAAAUACAAUGCAUAACAUACAUAUAAUAUUAACAUUAACAUAUAAUGUUAAUGUUAAUAACAUACAAUGCAAUAACAGACAAUGCAUAAAAAUUACAUUAAAUCUUUAAUUGGCAUAUAUUUUUUGUUUGUCAAAAUGAGGGGUUUUUUUUUAUUUGAAUCUACCAGACUAAGGAUCAAAGCAAGGAUCAAAUCUGAAAUAGUCUGGUGAACUUGUGCACUGCUUAACAGCUAAGAGAAACAUGGUGAAAAAUCUUAAAUUGUUAUUCAGAGAGGCUUCAGUGGUGUUAUUUGCUGCACCAAAUUCUGUUAAUUUCACAGAACUUUCUAGGAACCCUGUAAACUGGCCUUCACUGAUUACAGAAAACAUUUAGUUCCCUUCUUACUCAGAAAUUUGAAUGGAAAAUUUUUGCCAGCUCAUGUACAUGAUCUGAUUUGCAUUAAAUGUUGUUAAGCUGUCUGGGAGAUAGACACUGUCAUUUAAAACCUUUUUUUUUUUUAUGAGUACAUAAGAAAAUAAUUUCAAGCCAUUGGAACAAAGCAAUUUUAGUAUUUAGUUCUCCAUUCCUAAAAGAAUAUUUGUAUUUGUGAAUCGUUUAGAAACUCUUUAAAUGCUCUUUUCUAAAGAACUAUUGUUUUUUUAGGAUAGUGCUGCUUCUGAAAAUUCAUCUAAGAAACAUUUAACGGAACAAGAAAUACUGUGUCUUUGUGUAAAAAAAAAAAAGCAAACUACUAAACCCCCCCCCAAAAAAAAAAGAAAAAAAAAGAAAAAACCCAAAACAAGAGUGAAAUUUUUGGUUUAGUAAGUUUUUUUUAAUAGUCCAGUUCUAACCACAGUAUCAGCUGUAUCUUAUUUCCAGUUGUGGUAUGCCAGAAUCAUAGUUUUCUUUACAAUAGCACCCAUCCCUCUUAGCAAGGAAUUGCUUUUCAUAUGGAGCCUCCCAGGUAUAUAUUGUCAAAGAGUGAAUGUUCUCAUUAGGCUACGUUUUUAGAUCAUAUUCCCACGCAUAUGCUAAUGCUUCUGCUCCCUUUCUGACUCCAAGAUGACCAUCUCUAAAUUAGGAGACCUCAGGCCAGCAUGGCUAUGUGUUGAAAUAAAGUUUGCAGAUAUUUACAUCACUGUUAAUUAUAGUUGUCCAAGCAAUCAACCAUCCUGUGCAAUGGUAGAUUUCAGCCACUGUGUUGUAAAACACAAGUUUUGUCCAGAAAGGCAGAAAAAGGCAGUUUUAGUAGAGGGGUUUAUUGCUUUUGAUUUGUAGGAAGAAUUGGUUACACAUCUGUGAUGGAGCACUGUUUGGCUAUCAGUCUCACUGGAGGCAUUUUAAGAAGGUUGUGUUUGUGUAUAUUACCAUAUGAUGCUAUCUAGAGCUACAUUACUGGGAUUGACUGCUGCCACUAACUUUUUCAGUCUGCUGUUGUUUGUCAUUAUAAAGCCCUUUUUUUUGGUGGUUGAAACAUGAUCAUUCAUACCUUAGUCUAAUAAAAAGAAGUUUUGUCUUUAAUAAGACAGGAAAUGGAAAAUGUGAGAACAGUUUUAUUCUUUCCCAAAUAGAAAAAAAACAAAAAUCAUUUGAUAGUUUUUAAUGCUUCUCAAGUGUAUGCCCCCACCAAUGUUUGCACAGUGAAUUCUGAGUGGUGAUGUAGUGAGUUCUGGGAGCAGAAAGAAGGCUGUCCCUUUCAGGGCAUUUGCAACUGGAGCAGCA